AAAAAAAAAAACCAAAGAGUUUGUUCUACGGAAAAUAAAUGGAUGAGUUAAGAGAGGCAGCGGAAUCAUAUUAUAAUUCAGUUCCGCAGGAAAUGAAGAAACAGGCAGAUAGAUUUUUCAACCGCAUGAAACCAAAUAGAUAUAACAAAGUAAGACGCGAGGAUUUCAUGGCGAGGAUGAGGGAAAUAGACCAACUACGGAUGAGGAAUGAGGAGUUCUUCAACCGGGUGAACAAAGAUCGUUCGGGAAAACUUAGCUUCUGGGAUGCUAUGACUGUAUUCUACAUAAUCAGAAGUGGUAUGCCAUUUUGCGCUGGAUGCGGCAAACUCAUAACGUCAAUGUACUUUACCUGUGUAAAAUGUUUUGACCGUGACGGUUGCACGUUCGAUGUAUGCGUUAGAUGCUUCAAGGACCGCCAGUACCAACAUCGCCAUACCGAAUUCUUGGAUAACUUUGUGCUGCUUAAAUGCAAGAGGACGGCCGCUUUGAGCAACCCGGCCAGUACAUCUCGACCUCGUCCGGUAAACCCUCCGGUCUCCACACACAAUGCAAUUGUUCCAGCAAAUCCAAGGCGUGGAAAUGUGAGAUAUUUUUCUUCUUUUGCUGAAUUAUUAAUUGAAAUACUAUACAAGAAAUUUAUAUGCUUUGAUUGCUUUUACAUAUUUCUAGAAAUUUUUACAAUAGUAUGA